CUUCUUUUACCAGAAAGACGCCACUGUGCUCUGAGCUGAAGAACAACUCAAAUAAAAUGAGGAUAAUUGUGCUCGCGCUGUGUGUUUGGUUGUGUCAGGCCAGUGGAGAAUCCUGCAAACGCCCGAAGAUCAGUGGAGGCUUUGUAGUCCCCGUGUCAGAGACCUACUCUCAUGCUACUAAAUUGUCCUACAGCUGCAACCGUGAAAUGAAAACCACUCUGGAGACAUGGUGGGGGGAGUUAUUAUGUGAUAAUGGGAAAUGGUCCCCCGUCCCUCUCUGCGUUCCUAUAACCAACUGCAUUCCCCAAAAUAUCAAAAACGCCCAACCAAUGCCACCAAGAGCGUCCUAUUCCGACAGCAGCAAUGUUACCUUCGUUUGUAAAAGAGGCUUUAAGGCUGACGGACAAAUUGACAUGAUGGUGACGUGUAAUAAGGGGGCGUGGAUCAGGCAUGCAGAGUGUAAGCGAGAUGCGUCUGCAUGCAACCCUCCUGCCAAGGUUAAUAAUGCGAUGAUCACAAGACCAUACCAGGACACGUUUGAACACGGUGACACAGUGGAAUUCGUUUGCCAAAAUGGCUUCAGGUUGGAGGGAAACAAAUCCAGCACAUGUCUGAAUGGAACAUGGUCCAGUCCCCCAAUUCAGUGUGUUAAAGUCAUGGUGCAGACUCAACCUGAAGGUUCUGCUAAUUCCAGAAAACCAACAUAUGAUGAAUCAGGAGUUACCCAGGGUGGUUCAGAAGAUUCCAGUGACCCAUCAAGACCAGCAAUUACUCAUGUCAGAGAGUGUAAACCUUACCCCACUAUUGAAAAUGGAGAUUUUAUCGAGGAGUCUGGUGGGAGGGCCUUAAAAGCUGAGUGUGCUUCAUUUUACAAACUUGAAGGACCCAAACAAGUAAUGUGUGUAUUAGGACAGUGGUCGAAGCUGCCUGUUUGUAAAGCUCCAUGUUUACUGGAUCAGUCACAGUUACUUCGCAGUCAAAGAAGAUACUUGAUACACGGUGAAGAGGAUGAAUUUUGGUGCAAGUGGGGUGGAUGGGUGAAAGUCAAGUGUGUUGAUGGAAGAGCGCAAUAUGAAGGAUGUAAGUGUAUCAUACAUACUGUAUUCCACCUGCUCAAAAACACACUUUAAACUUAGCUUAGGUAUGUUAAUAUAUGUAAUAACUAACUCAAUGUGUGUGUGUGUGUGUUUUUUUCUUUUCUUUUUUUUUAGGUGGUUACUAGGUGAGUAGACUACAUAAAAACAGUAUCUCAGCACAGGAGUUCACUCUAUAGAUGAGCUACACUGGGUCUGGGUGAUGAUCAGACCUGCGCAAGGCGUUUUGCGAUGCUCGUUGCUAUCUUACACCCAGUCAACAGUCUAUUUUCCCACCUUGCUCAUGCAUCGUUAAAAUAUCAUCAUAAUUUAGGAAUAUAUUGGCAGCAGGAAACACAGGAGAGUCGGUGAUUUUGACUGUUGUCAGGGUUUAAACAGUCAGUGGCGCUCCUGUGUUUCCUGCUGCCAAGAUAGAAACACACCAGAAACUCAUAGUACUGAACACACCUCACUUCCAGACCACUAUCUUGGCAGCAGGAAACACAGGAGCGCUGCUGACUGAUUAAAACCCUGACAACAGUCAAAAGUCAGCUGCGCAACCAUUAUACUUAUAUAUAUAUAGUACAUACUGACACGCCCUAAAUCAGUCUACACAAAGCACAACUAACCAGUAGGCUAUAGAUCACUAAAAAAUAGCCCUCAGACUUAAAAUACAUAAAAGUACAAGUGCUCUAUCAAAAAAGUGACUUGAGUAGAAGUUGAGGUGUUCUUUAAGCUCCACAUUUAAGAGGAAGUACUCAAAUAUUUCUCACUUAAGUACUGUUAGUAGUUUAUUAUAAAAUGUACUAAAAUACUACUCAAGUACUGAAAGUAAACGGACAGUACUGUGUUAUGUAGUUAUUACAGAAAGCAGCCAAAGUCUGGAUCUCAUAUUGCUUAUAUUAUUUUAAUAACAUUCACAAUUCCACAAUUUACAUUUACAUCGAGUCUUCAGUUAACUCUUUAAAAAAGCUCUAGUCCAAAAGAGAAGGGGAACAGAGCUCACAGCUAUUCAGUAUAAAAGGUCAGUAGUUGGUCUAUCACUAUAGCGAAAUCAAAUCAAGCUGUCAAAGGCCUCAAACACAUGUUUUAUAUGUAAAAACAAGUGAUCAGAGCAACUAAAACACUGAGAUUAACUCUUAAUAAACACAUAAUUGUAUCUGUGAUGUUUUCUGUGUUUUAAUCAGUGUUUUUAUGUUUUUAAGGCGAAAUGAGAGCCUGAGGCAAAUCUCACCAUCCCAUCCUCGUCUGAAACACACAGUCAGAGUGACCGGAGGACCUGCAAAUCCUAAAACUCAAACCCUUUUCAUCAUUACGUUCUCUUUAUUCAUCCACAAUAAAAGCAGAGAACUCAGA